CAGCAACGACACUCGGUUAAGACACUGAAUUUUAGCUUUCUAUCUAAGUGAAAUUCAUUAUCAGCAGUUAAGAUUGAAGAGAGUGAGCAAUUCAUAUCAGCUACAGUAGAUAUAAUCUUUUAUUCUAAAAAGGAUGAUGAAGGAGGGGUUGAAAAUGAAAUGUUUGCAUAUGCAUUAGAUAAGAGCAAACAAAAUAAAGCUUCAAACUUUCAUCCAGUUGAAAGUUUUGAUGUCGCAAAAUAUUCUUUCUCAGUUUUAUUUUCUGCUACCAGAAAUUUCGGUCCAAUGAAUGCUGGUAUUUCAAAAUCAGUUGCACAACCAAUCUCAAUCAACGAUGAACCGGUUAAUAAUCUUGGUGAAUUUGAUAAUAUAGUAUAUGGCAAGCAUUUUUUUUUGAAUGGGAGAAGAUGAUUGAUAAUUUGAAACAGUGUGAAAGUUUCAGUAAAUUAAGUGCAAACAAAAAGUUGGUUCAGUUGGUUAAAAGACAGUAGAUCAAUAGGUGGUUUAUAAUUCGUUCUUUGAGUGUUUUAAAUGAGUUGGUAAACUACUUAUUGUUAUUCAGUGGAUCAGAGGAGAUAUUUCAAAUCGAU